GUUUUCUUUGUUCGCAGAACAACUUCCAGAAACUGUCAACCCAAGCACAACGUACUUUUUCUAAAAACGCACAAAAUUGGAAGCAGUACCUUGACCAACAUACUAAACCGCUAUGGGGACAUACACAGCUUAACCUUCGCGUUACCGCAAGAUGGUUUUUAUAAUUUCUACUGGCCCUUACCAUUCGAGAAAUCAUUUAUAAAAGACACGAAGGGAAAGCAACCUAACAUCUUGUGCCACCAUGCCAGAUGGAACAAGAAUCCAAUGAAGGAGUUGAUGGCCCUGGACUCAGUUUUUAUCACAAUACUUCGAAAUCCUGUCACGCAGUUGGAAUCCACUUUUUCCUACAUGGGGUUUGCACACCUUUUCGGAAUCGAAACAGGAAGAGAUUCCAUCGAAGCUUUUAUAACUGAUCCUAACGGUAUCAUGGCAAAAUUUGCAAAGAGUUUACUAGCAGAAAAUGUCUUUCCUUAUCUUAAUUUGUUGAAAAAUGGGCAGUUUUUUGACUUAGGAUUGGACAGUAUUCAUUUUCAUGACGAAGAGAAGGUAUAUAUACGUAAACAUGGCCAUAGAUGA